AUGCAGUGGAGUUUUAGUAAGAAGCUGGUGGCGAUGUCACUGCUGCUUGCAGUGAUCGUCGUUGCCUCGGGCAAAUCGAUCGACAAGGUGCGCCGUAUGCCACCGGGCAUUGAUCGUAUGUUUGCUCGCAUUGAUGGCAUCCGCCCACCGAAGGGAUACGUCUCGCAGAGUCCGCGUACCGUCGAGGGCCGCUUUACGGCCAAGGUGGAUCAUUUCAAUCCUCAGAGCCGCGAUACGUUCGAGUUCAGCUACCUGCACAACGACCAGUACUACCGCGAGGGUGGUCCACUGUUUGUGGUUGUCGGUGGUCACUAUCCAAUCAAUCCGUACUUCAUGGAGAACAGUCAUUUCCGCGACGUGGCCGCUCAACAGGGUGCCUGGUUGGCCACCUUCGAGCAUCGUUACUUCGGAUCCAGCUUUCCCACUGAGAACCUUUCGACGGAGAAUCUGCGCUUCAUGCGCACCGAACAGGUGCUGUUCGAUUUGAUCGAAUGGAUUGAUUUCCUGCGGCGUGAGGUGAUCGGUGAUGAGAAUGCCCGAGUCAUCCUGCACGGAGUAGGCUAUGCCGGUACGCUUGCCUCGUGGGCCCGUCAACGAUUCCCGAACAUCAUCGAUGGAGCAUGGGCCUCGAGUGCGCCAGUGAGAGCUGCCGUUAGCUUCCCAGAGUUCUCUCAGGACGUCGGUAACAUUAUUCGCAUCAAGGGUAGUGACGCGUGCUACAACCGCAUCUUCCAAGCGUUCCACACCGCCCAGAACCUUCUGGAUGCCGGACGGGUCGAUAUGGUUUCGCGGAUGUUCAACACCUGCGAUCCGAUCAACGUGGACGAUCCGCUGGAGGUGCAGCUGUUCUUCUUUGCCAUGAUGCUCUCGCUGGAAGCCGCCAUGGUGGAGGAUCUGGACAUUGAGAGCAUUGGUCGGGUGUGCGAUUCGCUCACCGACGAUCAGUACGGUACUGGGCUCGAGGCACUGUCCGAGUUCCUCAUCGAGCGUUACGCCGAUGCCCGCGAGUGUUUCGAUCUGUCGUUCGAAAACUUCAUCCGCUACCUGACCGAUGAGGACAUUGAUGCUCCCCAGAACCAGGAAUAUGGUCUACGCCAGACAAGCUACCAGGACUGCACGGAGUUCGGUUACUUCCCGACCGCCGAUACGGCAGACCAACCAUUCGGUAACCGUGUCAAUUAUGAUCUGCUUCUGGCCGAAUGUCAGGCCGCAUUCGGUGACUGGCUGGACCGCGAUGUCGUGUACGAUGGUGUCCGCCUGACCAACUUCCACUUCGGUGCGACCGAUCCGCGCACCACCAACGUGCUCUUCACCAACGGUGCUCUCGAUCCGUUCCGUCAUGUUUCCAUCACCGAGUACACGAACCUGCUGGCGAACGCCCGUGUCACUCCACUUGCCUUCUUCGGCGAAGAUGUCGUCUCCAUCUCUGGCUUCGACUCGGAGGAACUGCUCGAAACCAAGCAUAUGGCCGAGCAGUACAUUACCACCUGGCUCGGAUCGCCCAUCAGCCCGUUCGCCAUCCGGAAGUAA